AGCUCCAGCAGCACACAAGCACAUCGCAGCUCUCCUGCCCCUCCAUCUCCUGCACGAUGCCGGUGACUGAGAAGGACCUGGCUGAGGAUGCUCCAUGGAAGAAGAUCCAGCAGAACACCUUCACCCGCUGGUGUAAUGAGCACCUGAAAUGUGUCAACAAGAGGAUAGGCAACCUGCAGACCGACCUGAGCGAUGGGCUCAGACUGAUCGCCCUGCUGGAGGUGCUGAGCCAGAAGAGGAUGUACAGAAAGUACCACCAAAGACCCACCUUCAGCCAGAUGCAGCUGGAGAACGUCUCUGUGGCCCUGGAGUUCCUGGAGAAGGAGAACAUCAGGCUGGUGUCCAUAGACAGUAAAGCUAUCGUGGAUGGAAACCUGAAGCUGAUCCUAGGUCUCAUCUGGACCCUUAUAUUGCACUACUCCAUCUCUAUGCCAGUUUGGGAGGAUGAAGGUGACGAAGAGACCAAACAUCAGACCCCAAAACAGAGGCUGCUUGGCUGGAUUCAGAACAAAAUCCCUUAUUUGCCAAUUACCAAUUUCAGCCAUAACUGGCAUGAUGGGAAAGCUCUGGGGGCCCUGGUAGACAGCUGUGCACCAGGUCUGUGUCCUGACUGGGAGUCGUGGGAUCCUAAGAAGCCAGUUGAUAAUGCGCGAGAGGCGAUGCAGCAAGCAGAUGAUUGGUUGGGAGUUCCUCAGGUGAUUGCCCCAGAAGAGAUCAUCCACCCCGAUGUAGAUGAACACUCAGUGAUGACCUAUUUGUCCCAGUUCCCAAAAGCUAAACUAAAACCCGGAGCUCCUCUGAAGCCCAAACUUAAUCCCAAAAAAGCCAGAGCAUAUGGCAGAGGUGUUGAGCCAACUGGGAACAUGGUGAAAAGACCCGCACCAUUCACUGUGGAAACCAUCAGCGCUGGACAAGGGGAGGUCCUUGUCUUUGUGGAGGACCCUGAAGGAUUGAGAGAAGAGGCCAAGGUCACAGGCAACAAUGACAAGAACAAGACCUUCUCCGUGGAGUACUUUCCCAAAGUGACUGGUAUGCACAAGGUUACUGUGCUCUUUGCCGGUCAGCACAUUUCAAAGAGCCCAUUUGAAGUGAAUGUUGAGAAGGCUCAGGGAGACGCCAGUAAAGUGACAGCUAAAGGCCCUGGAUUGGAGGCAACUGGUAACAAUGCCAAUAAACCCACUUACUUCGACAUUUAUACUGCAGGUGCUGGUGUUGGAGAUAUCGGAAUAGAAGUGACCGAUCCUCAGGGGAGAAACAAUACUGUGGAUAUUGCCCUUGAAGAUAAAGGAAAUUGUGUAUUUCGAUGCACCUACAAGCCAGUAAAGCCUGGACCUCAUUCUGUCAGUGUCACAUUUGGUGGGGAAGCAAUACCUAAAAGUCCUUAUGUGGUCAACGUUGGGGAACCCUGCAACCCAAACGCUUGUCGAGCCAGCGGACGUGGCUUGCAGCCCAAAGGCGUCCGGAUUAGAGAAACUGCUGAUUUUAAGGUCGACACCAGGACUGCAGGAAGUGGUGACCUCCAUGUUUCAGUGAAGGGGCCAAAGGGUGUGGAUGAGCCUGUGAAGCAGUUGGAGGCCGUAGAUGGAGUGUAUAUGUUUGAAUAUUACCCCCUGAACCCUGGGAAAUAUGUGGUCACCAUUACUUGGGGCGGCCAUCACAUACCUAAAAGCCCAUUUGAAGUUCAGGUAGGGCCCGAGGCAGGACCUCAGAAAGUACGAGCAUGGGGCCCUGGUCUCUCUGGUGGUGUCGUUGGGAAAUCAGCAGACUUUAUAGUGGAGUCCAUUGGCCCAGAUGUGGGUUCAUUAGGUUUUGCCAUUGAAGGUCCAUCUCAGGCCAAGAUUGAAUGUGAUGACCAAAGUGACGGCUCUUGUGAUGUGAAAUAUUGGCCAAAGGAGCCUGGUGAAUAUGCUGUCCAUGUCAUGUGCGACGAUGAAGACAUCAAAAACAGCCCAUACAUGGCGUACAUCCAGCCAGCAUCAGCAGACUUUAACCCAGAUAAGGUCAAGGCAUAUGGUCCGGGGCUGGAGAAGAGCGGGUGCAUUGUGAACAACCCAGCAGAAUUUUUCAUAGACCCCAGAGAGGCUGGAACAGCACCUUUGAGCGUCUAUGCACAAGAUAUUGAAGGCAAUCCUGUGGACAUCUACACUAAGCCAAACCCUGACGGUACCUACACCUGCUCGUACAAACCAGCUAAGCCAAUCAAACACACAGUUAUGGUCACAUGGGGCGGUGUCGGUGUACCCAAAAGCCCUUUCAGGGUAAGCAUUGGGCAGGGCAGCCACCCACGGAAAGUUAAGGUUUUCGGCCCUGGGGUGGAAAAAACUGGUUUGAAAGCAAAUGAGCCUACGCACUUCACAGUGGACUGCACUGAGGCUGGAGAAGGUGAUGUCAGUGUUGGAAUCAAGUGUGAAGCACGUGUGAUAAGUGAAGAAGAGGAGGACAUUGACUUUGACAUUAUUCCCAAUGCCAAUGACACAUUUACUGUGAAAUACACCCCUCCUGGUGCCGGGCGAUACACUAUCAAAGCUCUCUUUGCUGGAGAGGAAAUUCCAAGCAGCCCCUUCAGAAUCAAGGUUGACCCUUCACAUGAUGCUAGCAAGGUGAAGGCUGAAGGACCAGGACUUAAUAAAUCUGGUGUUGAGAAUGGGAAGCCGACACAUUUUACAGUCUAUACCAAAGGGGCAGGAAAAGCCCCCGUUGAUGUGAACUUCAGUGGACCCACUCCAGGAGAUGCUGUAAAAGACUUUGAAAUAAUUGAUAAUUAUGAUUAUUCCCACACUGUCCGCUACACUCCGAUUCAACAGGGCAAAAUGGCGGUCAAUGUGAACUAUGGAGGAGAUCCUAUUCCAAAAAGCCCCUUUACAGUUGGAGUGGCGGCUCCUCUGGACCUCAGCAAGAUCAAAAUCAAUGGACUUGAUAGCCGAGUGGAAGUUGGUAAAGACCAAGAGUUUACUGUGGACACCAAGGGAGCUGGUGGACAAGGCAAACUGGAUGUGAAACUUACCAGCCCAAGCAGGAAAGUCAUUCCAAGUGUUGUAGACCCAGUGCCAGGGAAAGACGCUAGCACGGUGAAAUAUAUUCCAAAAGAGGAGGGGGUAUACAAUGUGGAUGUGAAUUAUGAUGGCCACCCAGUGCCAGGAAGUCCUUAUACUGUGGAAGCCACCUUACCUCCUGAUCCCACAAAGGUUAAAGCAUAUGGACCUGGCCUUAAAGGAGGUCUGGUUGGUAAGCCUGCUGAAUUUACUAUUGACACCAAAGGAGCAGGCACUGGAGGUUUGGGCUUGACUGUUGAAGGUCCAUGCGAAGCCAAAAUUGAAUGUUCCGACAAUGGUGAUGGCACAUGUUCCGUUUCCUAUCUGCCAACCACGCCCGGGGAAUACUUUGUGAACAUCCUUUUUGAAGAAACUCAUAUUCCAGGUUCCCCAUUCCAAGCCGAAAUUGAAAUGCCCUUUGAUCCCACCAAAGUGGUUGCCACAGGUCCUGGCCUGGAGCAUGGCAAAGUAGGAGAGGCUGGACUGAUUCAUGUAGACUGUUCCCAAGCAGGACCUGGAGUUCUCACCAUGGAAGCAGUGUCUGAUUCUGGGUCCAAAGCGGAGGUCUACAUACAGGACAAUGGUGACGGAACACAUGCUGUCACCUAUGCUCCUCUCUUUGCUGGCAUGUACACAUUGUCUAUGAAGUAUGGAGGCGAGAAAGUGCCAAAGUUCCCUGCUCGUGUAAAGAUUGACUCUGCUGUGGAUACUAGUAAAGUCAAAGUGUAUGGACCUGGUGUGGAAGGAGAUGGACUAUUUAGGGAAGCCACAACUAAUUUCACUGUGGACGCUCGACCUCUGACCCGAACUGGAGGAAAUCACAUCAAAACCAAAAUAACCAACCCGUCCGGAGCGGCUACAGAUUGUCUGGUGAAAGAUAACAAUGAUGGGACUUAUGAGGUGGAGUACACACCUUUUGAAAAAGGUGUCCACUCUGUGAAGGUGAUGUAUGACGAUGAACCAGUUCCUAAAAGCCCAUUCAAGGUUGGAGUGACAGAAGGCUGCUACCCAUCUCGUGUAAAGGCACAGGGGCCUGGACUUCAAGAGGCCCUUACAAAUAAAACAAAUGCUUUUUCUGUGAUUACAAGAGGGGCCGGGAUUGGUGGUCUGGGAAUAACAGUUGAGGGUCCAUCCGAAUCCAAAAUGUCUUGUAAGGACAACAAAGAUGGCAGCUGCAGCGUUGAGUACAUCCCAUAUGCCCCAGGAGAUUAUGAUGUCAACAUAACGUACGACGGGGAGCAUAUUCCAGGAAGUCCAUUUAAGGUCCCUGCAAAAGAUGUUGUUGAUCCCAGCAAGGUAAAAGUUGCUGGCCCUGGACUGGGAAAUGCUGUUCGUGCCAAAAUUCCUCAACAGUUUGUGGUGGACACCAGCAAAGCUGGAGUGGCUCCUCUUAAUGUAGAAGUGACGGGACCAAGAGUUGAUGAGACAGACUCUUUAUCGAAACGGAGCCCAUUGAGAGCCAUUUCAAAUUUCUUUAAAGGUGACUUCAAGCGAGAUGCAAAAGAGCCAGGAAUUGCGGAACCAGUUGACAUUACAGAUAAUGAAGACGGGACACACACUGUGGCAUACACACCGAGCGUUGAAGGUCCUUACACAGUGUCUGUACAAUAUGCAGAUGAGGAGAUUCCUCGCAGCCCUUACAAGGUAAAGGUUCUACCAACCUAUGAUCCCAGCAAGGUGACGGCAAGCGGUCCUGGGCUUAGCUCUCAAGGGGUCCCGGCUAGUCUUCCUGUGGACUUUGCAGUCAAUGCCAAGGAUGCAGGAUUAGGUGAUCUUUCUGUCCUUAUAACUGACCAAGAAGGCAAGCCAAAGAAGGCUCAAAUCUUGGACAACAAGGAUGGAACAUACGCAGUAUCUUACGUUCCUGAUAAAACUGGACGCUAUCAAGUGGCUGUCAAGUAUGGAGGAGAUGAUAUCCCUUACUCCCCCUACAGAAUCAGGGCAACGCCUUCAGGGGAUGCCAGCAAGUGUACAGCAACAGGACCUGGAAUCCAGCCUGCCGUGAAGACUGGUGAGGAGGUCGGCUUUGUGGUUGAUGCCACAACCGCUGGGAAAGGGAAAGUCACAUGCAGCAUUCUGGAUCCCGAUGGACUGGAGUCUGAAGCUGACGUCAUUGAGAAUGAAGAUGGCACCUAUGACAUUUUCUACACUACCGCUAAAACCGGUCCUUAUGUCAUCCAUGUCCGCUUUGGUGGAGUUGACAUUCCCAACAGUCCUUUCACUGUCAUGGCCACAGAUGAAGUUCCAGUAAUGUCUCAGCAACAGUCUCAGCAGUCUCUUAGUGCCUUGCCUCCAGGCUAUGACCCUGUGAUGUCGGAGACUGCAUACGCUCCUGUUGGUUCUAUGAACGGGAUGGGAUUCAGGCCCUUUGAUUUAGUUAUCCCCUUUGCCAUAAGAACAGGAAACAUAACAGGUGAAGUUAUUAUGCCGUCAGGGAAGACCGCCCCUGCAGAAAUCGUGGACAACAAAGAUGGUACCGUGUCAGUGCAAUAUGUUCCCACAGAGACCGGACUACACGAGUUACAUAUCAAAUGUAAUGGAACACAUAUUCCAGAGAGCCCGUUACAGUUCUAUGUAAAUUAUCCCAAUACUGGAAGUGUUUCAGCAUAUGGACCGGGUCUUAUUUAUGGUGUUGCCAACAAACCAGCCACAUUCACCAUUAUUACAGAAGAUGCAGGAGAAGGUGGUCUUGAUCUGGCCAUUGAAGGCCCUUCAAAAGCUGAGAUCAGCUGCAUUGAUAACAAGGAUGGAACUUGCACUGUCACCUAUCUGCCAGUACUAUCCGGAGAUUACAAUAUCCUGGUGAAAUACAAUGAUACCCAUAUUGCUGGAAGCCCCUUCAUUGCCAAAGUUACUGAUGACAGCAGGAGACGUUCUCAAGUCAAACUGGGCUCCACUGCUGAUUUCUUGUUGGAUAUCAAUGAGACUGAUCUAAGCCUGCUGACGGCCAGUAUAAAAGCCCCAUCUGGUCACGAUGAGCCAUGUAUCCUGAAAAGACUUCCAAAUAACCACAUUGGCAUCUCUUUCAUUCCACGCGAGGUUGGUUCACACUUGGUCAGCAUAAAGAAGAAUGGACGUCAUGUGCCUAACAGCCCUAUCUCCAUCAUGGUCUAUCAGUCUGAAAUAGGCGAUGCUAGCAAGGUGAAAGUAUAUGGACCUGGAUUAACUGAGGGACGUACAUUUGAGUUGUCAGAUUUUGUGGUAGACACCAGAGAAGCCGGCUAUGGAGGGCUUUCACUUGCAGUUGAAGGACCAAGUAAAGUUGACAUUCAAACUGAAGACUUGGAUGAUGGCACCUGCCAAGUCUCUUACUGCCCAACAGAGCCAGGUGUUUAUAUUGUAUCCAUCAAGUUUGCAGAUGAGCAUGUCCCAGGAAGUCCGUUUACUGCCAAAGUAACUGGAGAAGGAAGAGUGAAAGAGAGCAUUACAAGGAGAAAGAAAGCACCUUCUGUGGCCACUGUAGGGGGCAUCUGUGAGCUGAAUUUAAAAAUACCAGAAAUUGACAGGAGAGAAAUAACAGCUGAAGUCACCAGCCCAUCGGGACAGACGACCGAGGCCGAAAUAGUGGACCUGGGCCAGAAUACGUCUUGUGUGCGCUUUGUUCCCCAAGAGAUGGGUGUGCACACAGUCAGUGUAAAAUACAGAGGGGAGCAUGUACCAGGCAGCCCAUUCCAGUUCACUGUGGGGCCCCUGGGAGAAGGUGGGGCUGAGAAGGUGAAAGCUGGAGGUCCAGGCCUGGAGAGAGGGGAAACUGGUAUUCCAGCUGAAUUCAGUAUAUGGACUCGGGAAGCUGGAGCUGGCGGUCUGUCCAUUGCAGUGGAGGGGCCCAGCAAAGCAGAGAUUUUAUUUGAAGACCGUAAAGAUGGAUCCUCUGGCGUGUCCUAUGUUGUACAAGAACCUGGUGACUAUGAAGUGGUCAUUAAGUUCAACGAUGAACACAUCCCUCAAAGUCCGUUCCUGGUUCCCAUCAUCGCUCCAUCUGAUGACGCUCGAAGGCUUACUGUCUCUAGUCUUCAGGAGUCUGGGCUCAAAGUCAACCAACCAGUAUCAUUUGCUAUCAGACUGAAUGGGGCUAAGGGCAGAAUCGAUGCCAAGGUGCACAGUCCCUCUGGAGCAGUAGAAGAGUGCCAUGUGUCGGAGCUGGAACCAGACAAAUACGCCGUGCGUUUUAUUCCACGUGAGAAUGGUAUUCACACAAUUGAUGUGAAGUUCAAUGGUAGCCAUGUCCCCGGAAGCCCCUUCAAAGUGCGAGUUGGAGAACCUGGACAGGAAGGUGACCCUGCACUUGUGACAGCGUAUGGAGCCGGAUUGGAGAGAGGUGUUACAGGUAAACAGUCAGAAUUCACCAUCAAUACAAGUAAGGCAGGGCCGGGGGCCCUCUCUGUCACCAUUGAAGGACCAUCAAAAGUGACCAUGGAAUGUAAGGAGUGUUCAGAAGGCUACAAAGUCCUAUAUACUCCAAUGGCCCCAGGAAACUACAUGAUUGGAGUCAAAUACGGAGGUCCAAACCACAUCCUGGGAAGCCCAUUCAAAGCCAAAGUAACAGGUCAGAGGCUUGUUAGUGCUGGCAGCAUCAAUGAGACUUCAUCUAUAAUCGUGCAGUCUGUGACUCGCGCCUCCACAGAGACCAUCUAUAGCGCACUGCCCAGGUUUACAUCUGAUGCCAGCAAAGUCUCAUCGAAAGGAGCCGGCCUGGCAAAGGCUUAUCUAGGGCAGAAAAGCAGCUUCACUGUUGACUGCAGCAAAGCAGGUUCUAACAUAUUAUUAGUCGGCGUCCACGGACCCACAAUCCCCUGUGAAGAAGUAUCCGUGAAACAUCUGGGCAACAAGCAAUACAACGUCAACUAUCACGUGAAGGAGAAGGGAGACUACACCCUGGUGGUGAAAUGGGGAGAAGAGCACAUCCCGGGGAGUCCCUUCCACGUCACCGUCCCUUAAAAUCCCCACACUUGAUUCCUGGCAGAACAAUAUCAAAGACCUGUAAUAUCUGAUCACACAGAGCCGACAUCUACAGAAUUCUGAGAAAUUGGGGAAGAGAAACUUUCAUUGUAAUUUUAUAUAUGACUUUUUUUUUUAUACUAGGGAGAUGGAAAUUUGUAUGCGAGUUUUAGGUGUCCUUGUGAUAAUUUAAAUAGCAGAUCUCUACUUUUGGAAGGGCUUAUUUAUACUUGUCGAUGUUGUUUAACCCUUUGUCUGCCAAGUAGAAUAACUGGUUUGUGGUAAA